AUUAAAUUAAAAAACUUUUGAUGGUAAAAUAUUUUUCAAAUUGAUAUUGGUCGAUGCUAGACAACUUCAGAGAGAGCGGCACAUACGGCAAAUACACGGUGAACCGUGAGCGCCAACGACUAGAGCUGGCUCCUUUAACCAAUAGAAAACUUCAGUGAGCUGUAUCUAACGAGUUUUGGAGUGCUUUGUUUAAAACUCGAUGCUGUUAAUAGAAAUUCCGGUAAAAACGGAUAUAAUUCUGUGAAAAGUAAUUGGUUUUUAACAAUCAAUUAUGCCAUUAUCAUUGAGAAUGUCGAAAAAUAAUUGAAAUCAUGUUAGUAAUCCAGAGAUAAUGUAUCAAAAAACUGUUAAACUGAAGGCCAACUCACUCUAUGUGACGUCAACAAUUGAUGAAAAUAUAAUGAAGAAUAUGUAAAUAAUUUUGAUGACAUCUUGAUGUAUUGGGUUUGAAUUAUAAUUUAUUUUAAAAUAUAAAGUUCAUUUUAUUUUGUUUGAAAUACAGUAAAUUCUGUUUCAUAAUACCAAUUGGAGCAAGACAUAUCAAGCGGCCCACUUCAGUUACUUCACAAAUAAAUUAACACAAGUUGUUUGAUAUAAUCAACUUUAUUACUGAUGAUAUCUUCAUGACUACCAAUUAAAAAGUAUUUUUUGUGUAAAUCAGUGAUGUUAAUAUUAAUCUACAAAACAAUAAACAAAGCACAUUAUUUUUAUAGUUAAAUUUUCAAACAUGCUCCGAUGGCAAUGUAUGAAACAAAAUAUUUUCAAAAUAAUCUUGUGUAUUGUUACACUUUCAACAGUUGUAAGUGAAAAUACUGAUAAUUUGAGUGUUGGUGGUACAUCUGCAAAUGAAGAAUCAAUUAAUAGUCUUGUUUAUGUAAGUACAUUAGAUGGACGACUAUCUGCUUUGGAUUUAAAUAAUAGUGGAGAGAAAAAAUGGACAGUAGACUUUGACAAUAGCCCAUUACUUUCAUCUAAUAUCCAUAAAAAAGAACUUAAUAAUGAUGGACACUGGGUAAAAUUAAUUCCGUCCCUGAAUGGUGGAUUAUACAAAUUCGAUGGGGAAAGUUUAGAGCAAAUCCCCAUAACAACGGAACAAUUAUUAAGAUCGUCUUUUCGAUACUCUGAAAAUUUAGUUUUUUCUGGGGGAAAAGAGACUCGGUCUUAUGGAAUUUCAAGCUCUACAGGUGAAAUUUUAUAUCAAUGUGACAUCGAUGGUUGUACCAAUAAAACUGAAGGGGACACAUUUUUGGAGCAAAAAGAUGUUUUAGUAGUUCAACGAUUUCAACAAACUGUAAGAGCUCUAGAGGCCCGAACGGGUAUAGAAAAAUGGAAUUAUAGUGUUGGUCAACAUGAGUUGAUUUUAAUGCCUCAAGAAAAGAACCCAUGCAAAAAUUUUGAUGAAUUAAAUGACAUUGAAUUAAAAGUGAUUAUUCCUGAAGGUAUAAUCUGGGCAGUAAACAAAAAAGCACCUAACAAAAUACUCUGGAAAUAUAAAUUUGAUUCACCGAUUGUAUCAGUAUGGAGAGAAAACGGGAUCGAUUAUAAUAACGUUAAUUACAAUGUUAAUACAUUGAAAGAGUUGAAUCUUUUUGAUAACGCUCAAUCAGCUUGGAACAGUGAACAUUCAAAAAGUCCUGAAAUCUACAUUGGAAUGUUUGAUCGCCAAGUUUAUAUUCAAGAGAACUCAGAUUCGAAAGAAUCUUUAGAACUUCCUUCUCCAUACAAAACUAAAAUAUUUCCUUGGCAACCCUAUCCAGCUAAUAGUAAUGCAGUGUUAUCAAAAGAAUCUGAAACAAAUCUACUGGAAAAUAAUCAUGAUAAAGUUGAUUUUUUACAAAACAAUCCAGAAAUAACUGCUCUUUCAGUAUUAUAUAAUUCAGGAUAUAUUGACGGAAAUGGAUAUUACCUUUACAAAAAAGAGCAGUUAAAUAGUUGUAACAAUACUCAAGAUGAUACUUUAAAUAAUAAUGAAUCAAAAAUUCAUGUUCUCAAACAUAAUGAGAGUUUAGAAGACUCUUCUAUGCAAAUUAUUAUUGGAUCUGUUUGGAGUUGGUGGAAAGAAAUUUUAUCUAUAUUAAUUGCGACACUUAUGGUAAAUAUUUUUUUAACACAGCAUAUGCUCACAAGUAGAAAAGAAAUUAAGGACGGAUUUCCGGAACCAAUAAUCGUAGAAAAAUACAGUGAUCAGAAGGAAUCAGAUGACAAACAAAUUCUAAAUAUUGAUAAUUCUCAAGAUUUUAAAUCACAGUAUUUGUCAGAUUAUGAACCAAUUGAUUGUCUUGGAAAAGGUGGCUUUGGAGUGGUGUUUGAGGCUAAAAAGAAAAUAGAUGAUUGUCAUUAUGCUAUAAAACGAAUAGAAUUGCCAAACAAUAAGAAUUCUCGCGAACGUGUAAUGCGAGAAGUUAAAGCACUUGCUAAGUUAGAUCAUCAGAAUAUCGUUAGAUAUUUUCAUGCUUGGUUUGAAUGUCCUCCUGCUGGCUGGCAAAAAGAACAUGAUGACAGAUAUAUUAACAGACAAUUUUCCCCUGCGGAAUUAACAACAAAUAAUUAUACGACCACGAGAGCAAGUAACUCUGUUUGUAUUGACGUUCCUUCAAGUGAUCACUGUUCAAUAGAAAGUGCUGUAGAAGUUCAGGAAUUUAAGAUUAACCAAAAUAAACAAGACUCAUCAUCAUUCAUCGUUUUCGAAGCUUCUCAUUCGACAAAUUCAACUUCUACUGAAGAAACUGAUGAUAGUGAUUCACCAGAGUCAGAUAGCAGUUCUAAUAUUUCUGCCAGUAGUAAACAAAAAUAUAUGUAUGAUGAUGAUUCGGAAUCAAUAGUUUUCGAACAUAGUAAAAAAUCUCAUUCCACUAAAUCUACCGAUAAAAAAUUAAUUGAUAAAACAGAACAUAAAAAAUGUCCAAAAAUGUUUUUGUACAUACAAAUGCAAUUGUGUCGGCGAUUAAGUCUACGAGACUGGUUGAAACAGCAAUCGGAAAAUAGAAAUAGUGAAGAAAUUAUCAAUAUUUUCAAACAAAUAGUUGAUGCCGUUGAAUAUGUACAUUUGCAAGGAUUAAUUCACAGGGACUUAAAACCAUCAAACAUUUUAUUUGCAUACGACGAUAAAGUAAAAAUUGGAGAUUUUGGAUUAGUCACAGCUAUUGCUGAAGAUUCAUUGAAUAGCGAUGAAAACAAUGAUGAACAAAACUAUGAUAAGAAUAAAAAAAUUAAAAAACACACCGCUAAUGUGGGUACUCAUUUAUACAUGUCACCAGAGCAGAUAAAUGGAGUGAUUUAUGAUUAUAAAGUCGACAUUUAUUCAUUAGGAAUUAUUCUAUUUGAACUUCUAGUACCUUUUGUAACUGAAAUGGAAAGAGUGGAUGCAUUAAGAAAUAUCAAAAAGUCUGUUUUUCCAAAAGACUUUGAAACAAAAUAUUCAAAAGAGUACAAUUUAUUGACAAUGAUGCUAGAUGAAAAUCCAGAAAGAAGGCCCACGACAAUAGGAAUAAAAGCUAGGCCUCCGCUCUCGAAUUGCCAAAGUGAUGAUGAUAAAUGGCAUUUUGUAAUGCCACAAAUGAGUAGACAUUCCUCAACUACUACAAUAUUUAUUUAUUAAGACUAUUUUCGUAUAACAUAAUUACUUUAGUAUAAUUGACAUGAAUGAAUGUGAUAAAUAAAUGAUGGUUUUAAAAUAAUUGGGAAGAUCUUGAACAUGGAAAUAAUUAAACUUAAAAAAAACUUGUAAUGAAGAACCACGACGAUCUUUUAGAGAAAAAAUUGCUGUUUCAACCAUUUUUGAAGUUGGUGGAUGAGAUGGUUUAACUUUAGACUUAGAUUUUACAUCCAUCUUAUUAAAAGAAGAU